AUGUGUUUAGCAGCUGUCGAGGCCUGUAGUGUCCACACGCACACCAGCGUGUAUUAUCAGUUAGCCAACUUUACGUGGCAUUUGAAAAUGACAGGCUCUGUUGCUAACUUGCUAGCUAGCCGGUUACAGGAAUCACAACGUUGAGUGAGAGGCAGUCGUGUAGUUGUGUGGCAGUAAACGUCGUCAUAUCAUGUGUUAGGCUAACGUGGAGUAGUACUGGUGUGGUGUGCUUCAGUAUGUUCCCUGCUCCUCCUCUGUCGACCUGAAAAGCUAACACUGAACUGGUUAGCCCGAAGAACAACACGGGUCGGCCAGUAUGAGUGGUGAUGGAGACAUGGCCUCUGUCAUGGGAUUCUCUGGCUUUGGUAAAAAGGCCCGUACAUUUGACCUGGAUGCCAUCUUUGAGCAGACCCGGCGAACAGCCAUUGAGAGGAGUCAGCACAUAUUAGAGGAGAGACAGAAGGAGGAUGAAGGCCAGGGCUCCCUUGCAGUCAAGACAUCAGGCUCCACUCACAGAGACAAAGGUGGUCCUGCUACAUCCAGAAAACAGGAGAGUGACAACAGCAGUGACAGCAGCUCGGACUCAGACAGCGACUCUGAGCUUAUCGGGCCCUCAGUACCUCCCCAACUUACAGCCCAGGAGGAUGAUGACGACGAGCUUGUGGGACCACCUCUACCACCAGGUUACACAGGCAGCACAGCUGAAGACGAUGAUGAGGAAGAGGAUGUGCAGGAUGAGGAUGAUGAUAAUCCUGUGAAGAAGAUUCCAGACACUCAUGAGAUAACUCUGCAGCAUGGCACCAAAACAGUAUCCGCCCUUGGCUUAGACCCCUCCGGAGCUCGUCUGGUUACUGGGGGAUAUGACUAUGAUGUACGUUUUUGGGAUUUUGCUGGGAUGGACCAAGCUUUGCAAGCCUUCAGAUCCCUGCAGCCCUGCGAGUGCCACCAGAUCAAGUCCCUUCAGUACAGCAUCACUGGUGAUGUCAUCCUGGUGGUUUCUGGCAACGCACAGGCCAAGGUGUUGGACCGCGAUGGCUUCAAUGUGAUGGAGUGUGUGAAAGGGGACCAGUACAUUGUGGAUAUGGCCAACACCAAGGGCCACACAGCUAUGCUGAAUGGUGGGUGCUGGCAUCCCAAGAUCAAAGAGGAGUUCAUGACCUGCUCCAAUGAUGGCACAGUACGCACAUGGGACUUAAACUCAGAGAAGAAGCACAAAUCCGUGUUCAAACCCCGCUCUCUGCAAGGGAAGAAGGUCACCCCCACAUGCUGCACCUACAGCCGUGAUGGCAAGCUGAUCGCAGCCGGCUGCCAGGAUGGGACCAUCCAGAUCUGGGACAGAAACCUCAGCGUCCACACUAAGUUCCACUGUCGGCAAGCCCAUGCUCCAGGAUCAGACACAUCCUGUCUCACCUUCUCCUAUGAUGGCAUGACUCUGGCCUCCCGAGGAGGUGAUGACACUCUGAAGACAUGGGACAUACGCAGCUUCAAGAAGCCUCUGAAUGUAGCCACUCAGCUGACCACCUACUUCCCUAUGACUGACUGCUGUUUUAGCCCAGAUGACAAGCUUCUUGUAACAGGGACCUCUGUGAAGAAGGAUGAGGGAAAUGGGAAGCUUGUUUUCUUCGACCGUGCUUCCUUUCAGAGGGUCUAUGAAAUAGAAGUCACAAACGCAAGUGUUGUCCGAUGUCUGUGGCACCCCAAGCUCAACCAGAUUAUGGUGGGUACUGGAAAUGGACUGGCCAAGGUCUACUAUGACCCUGUCAGAAGCCAUAGGGGGGCUAAGCUGUGUGUAGUGAAAAGCAAGCGGAAGGAGAAACAAGCAGAGACGCUGACACAGGAUUACAUCAUCACACCUCAUGCCCUACCCAUGUUCCGAGAGGCCCGUCAGCGCAGCACGAGAAAGCAGCUUGAGAAGGACAGACUUGACCCAAAGAAGUCCCACAAGCCUGAGCCUCCUGUGUCUGGACCAGGUCGUGGAGGCAGAGUUGCUGCUCAUGGUGGCACUCUGUCAUCAUUCAUUGUGAAGAACAUCGCUCUAGAUAAAACAGAUGACAGCAACCCGCGAGAGGCCAUCCUGCGCCACGCCAAAGACGCUUCAGAAAACCCUUACUGGGUUGCCCCAGCUUAUAAACAGACCCAGCCCGUGCCUGUGUUUGCAGAUGAGUCAGAGGAGGAUGAGGAGGCUGACAAGGAACCAGAGUGGAAGAAACGCAAGAUCUGAGACACAUGAGCAUGAGCUUCUUUUAGCUUUGAUAACUGGCAGGGUGGCCGAGUGAUCAGAGACACUGCAGCAAAGCCAGAAGCUCCCAGGUUCAGUGCAACAGCCAGUAUGUCCUGUGGAAGCAUUCAGAUGGAAGCCCCUCUGCACAGCAGCCUCAGCUUAAUGACUAAAUUGUACUUAGUCUUCUCUCCUCUGGUCUUUUUUCUGUUUAUUUGUGUCCAGGGGAUGUACAGUAAAUGUGCUGGCAUUUUCCUCUGUGCAGGCAUAGUGUCAUUUUACUUGGGGGUUUAUAUUCUUCUCAUUGCAAUCCAUCAACACGGGUAGAAGUUGGGUUUUUGUUGUUUGUUUUGAUGCAUGGACUUUAUUUCCAUCAUUUGUAUUGUCUCUUCUUCCCAUAUUGCCAGAGCUGGCUGAUGCCUCAUAAAUCUGGUCCUGAUUUUGUGGUCUGCCAGUAUUUGUCAUCUCUGAACACUUUGCCAAUGUGUAAAAACGAUCUGUCAAAAAUUGUAAAGUGCAAAAACCAUUACUAGCAAUUUAUAUCUAUAUCUAUGUAGAUAUAAUUGUUUUUUAUGACAUGUUUUUGCUUUUGUUUUUUUUUUUUUGUUUUUUUGUUUUUUUUUUUUUUUUUUGGUUGUUUGUUUGUUUUUUUGUUUUUUUGUGGCUACAGUUGUUCUGUUUGUACUUUGAGUGUAGUUUUUCCACUGCUCACUGCUGGAUAAUUGGAAGUAAAUCUAAAUAAAAGCAUUUGUAUGUCCUUAUCUAACAGGAUAAAUGAUCUAUAAAACCUAUAUUGGCAUACCUAUUUUCAUGAUCAUUUUUCAUCAUUUUAUAUGAUGAUUAACUGAUACUGUACCUCUUUUAACCAGUAAAGUCUUAUUUGAAUCUUUUAA